UGCGUGACGUAACAGUAACGCAAACGUCAAAAAUAUUGCGUGCAACUGGGCCUUUUUCAUUCGAGAAAUCCGGAACUCCGAAAUCCCUAUAAAACAACCAAAUUAACGUUACCUCUGAAAGAUGGCAUCUCAAAUCAGCAUAGACCAAUUGGAUAAGGAUCAAAUCAAGUCGUUCUCGGACUUCCUGCUGUCCUAUAACAAGCUGUCGGAGAUUUGCUUUCUGGAUUGCGUAAACGAGUUCACCAGCCGGGCAAUCUCCGAGGGCGAGGACAAGUGUUCGCUCAAUUGUAUGGAGAAGUUCCUGAAGAUGAACCAACGCAUCUCCCAGCGUUUCCAGGAGUUCCAAAUGCUGGCCAACGAAAACGCCCUGGCCGCGGCCCAGAAGCUAAGUGGCAAAUAAGCGUCGAGUACGCGAAAUGGGAGCUAUAGAACUAGUGCGCUAUGUCAUAAGAUUUUUUUUAAACGUAUUGUUAUGUGGUUAAUAAACACACACACUCUUUAUUCAAAGCUUAUAAGUUGAAUGAGAUACAUUAAA